AUGCAUAGCUCUUCAUUCCUAACCUUUCGUUCUUUAUGUUUGUAUACAUUUAACUUCAAUCUUCUUUUCUCUUCUCGUUUUCUUUCUCUUUUCGCUUCGUCUGUUAUUUUUUUCCUUAUUAUUUCUUUUACACAUUUUUUCUUUCUUCCUUUAUUUCUUACCUUUCUAUUUUCCUUUCUUUUCCUCCUUUCUUUUUUCUUCUGCUUUUUCUUCCAACUUUCUUUUCCCUCUUUUGCUUUCUAUUAUUUUUUAAUUUCCUUUUCUUUUCACUUUCUUUCCUUCCUUUUUCCUUUAGCUUUUUCCAUUCUUUUCUUCCUACUUUCUUUCCCUCCUACUUUCUUUUCCUCCUUUUUCCUUCUUCCUCUCUUUCCUGUCUCCAUUCCCCCCCUUUUCUUUCCGUUUGUUUUCUUUCUUUCAUAUCUUCUCUUUUUCUUUAUAUUUUCUACUUUACUUAUUCUUUCUUUCUUUCUUUCUUUCUUUCUUUCUUUCUUUCUUUCUUCCUUUCUUUCUUUCCUUCCUCCUUUCCUUUUCAUUUUAUUUCCCUUGUUUUUUCUUUCAUUUCUUCUUCCUCCAUUCUUUCCCGCUUUUCCUUCAACUUUUCUUUCCAUUGCUUUCGUUCCUUUCUCUUUCCCUUCUUUUAUUCUUCGUUUCGUUUUUUCUUUCCAUUUUUCUUUCUUUCCCCUUUAUUUUUCUUUUAUCCUUCACGUUUUCCUUUCUAUUUUUCCCAUCUUUUUCUCCUUUUUCCUUCUUUUUCCCUUCUCAUUCCUUCUUUCCCCUUUGUUUUUUCUUUUCUUUCUUUCCUCUUUCCCUUGCUAUUUUCUUACCCAUGUUUUUUUGCCUCUUUCUUUCUUUCCCUCCUUUUUCCUUCAAUCUUUCCUUUCGCCCUGUAUAUUUUUCUUUUCUUUCCUCUAUUUUCUACUUUACAUAUUCCUUUUUUCUUCUUCUUUAUUGCCAUGUUCUUUUUGA